AUGCCAGCACAGACCAAACGAUCUCGCAAUAGCGCCAAGCCAAAGUUAUUCCAAUGUACCGGCUAUGGUGAUUGUCGUAUGGUAUUUACCCGCAGUGAACAUUUGGCACGUCAUGCUCGCAAACACACCGGGGAAAAACCGUUCAAAUGUAUCGUACCUGAAUGCGACAAGAUGUUCAGUCGGUUCGAUAACAUGAUGCAACACACACAAACUCACCGCAGCCAUCGUCCUUCGCAUUCAUCGUUGGGCACUGACCAUGCCGGCCCGGGCACACGGUCCUCCACGAGAAUGCGCCAACAACACCGGGAAGCUGAACAGCAACGACGACGUUCUACAGAUCUUCAUGUAGACACGGUGAACGAUAAGCAUGAUCUUCAAUCCCGUAGAUCCUCCGUGCACAACGAUAUGGAUCUUAUCUCUCCGGUGUCACUGGCUUCGCCCGAAUCGUUCAGUUCCGUCGAUUCUGAACCCGAAGAAGAUCUCCACCCUCAUCCGUCCACCACCACCACCGAACCCAAAUCACGUCGCUUAUCGGUGGCGGAUUUGUGUAAUCCAGUCGAUGAAAAGGAACGACUUAUACACUUGACAAAGGAUGAAUUUGAAGCUCUCCAAGGAUUCAGCCGUUUUGGUCAACCUUCCACCUUUUAUCUCGACUCACUCCAAAGCCUCGUCCCUUGA